AUGACGGGGUACAGACGAGAUGGACGUAUUGAGGACUGUAAAUCGUUCGAAGAUGUUGAUUUCUGGAUCUCAGAGCUAAGGAGGGAUGGUCCUGAUGAGAUCUUGAUUUAUGUGAUUGGGAACAAAGUAGACCUUGAACCGCUCCGUGUUGUCGACCGGGAAGUGGCAGAGAGUUACGCCCAAACCAAAGGAGUGUUUCACUUUCAUUCCAGCGCCAAGACUGGUCAGGAUGUUGAAGAAAUCUUCUAUCAUAUCUGUCAAAUGGAGUACGAGAUGAGAUCAAGUAAAGAAAAUGGAGGCAUGCGUCCUCAAAGUACGAUCGACUUCUCCAACUUCACCCAACUCGAAGGAAAGAAAGGCCGUCAUCGCGGUCGAUGUCGAUGUCAGAGCACGUGA